AUGCCAUUACGAAGAAUGGAAAGAAACUACAAGAACGCCAUCGACAUCCUCAAUAGUCGACGCCGGUUGAGCAGGCCCACCUUCACCUUGGGAAAUGAUGUACAAGUAUCAACACCAAAACCAGGCCUGCCCUAUGAUUCCUUGGCUAAGGGAAAGUCUGAUCUAAGAGGGACUCCAAGCCUAGUGGGAAUGAAACAAUGGCUCCACGACAUUGGUCAUUCGACUGCCGACAUUGACAACCUCAACAUCAUCCACGUCGCGGGAACAAAGGGGAAAGGUAAAGAAAGGAUUAGAAUCAAUUUCCAACCCAUAGACCGAGAUCUUUUCGCCAAAUAUUUUUUCCAAGUGUGGGGUGCCUUGACACGAGAUGGCAAUGGUAACAAAGACAACACAGCGACCUUACCUCGUUACCUUCAGCUACUUGCUUUAGUGUCAUUCCAUACAUUUAUCAAAGAGGGUGUCGAGGCAGCCAUCUUUGAGACUCAUCACGGAGGUGAAUAUGAUGCCACCAACGUGAUUGAGCAUCCCGUGGCGACUGUUAUCACGCCACUAGGAAUGGAUCACAUCAAUCAACUAGGACCCAACAUCGAAAACAUUGCUUGGCACAAGGCCGGUAUUUUCAAGGCUGGGUCAAUUGCACUCUCAUCUCCUCAACAGCCUUUGGAUGCUGAGGAGGUUCUUCGAAGCCGCGCGUCUGAGAAAGGUAUCAAGGUUCACAUCGUCGGGAACGACCCGUGCCUCCCAGCAGAUGCACCGAAUUUGAAACCGGAUGUCCAGCGCAUGAAUUCUUCACUUGCGUUGAGUGCAGUUCGCCACUUUCUACAGGUAAAAGCCCCAAAGGACACGUCCCAUCUAUCAUCGUUGGACAUCUUGCGGGGUGUAAAUCAGUUUUCUUGGCCAGGACGAUUUCAGUCACUUGUUCAAGGACCAUUUGUGUGGUUUUUGGAUAGCGCACACAAUGAAAUGAGCGUCGUCAAGGCUGCAGAAUGGUUCAUCACGGGUAUAGAAGGACAAAGCGUAAAUCUAGCCCGUAUCUUGAUAUUCAGUCAGAUUUCGAAAGAGAGGGAUUCAACUAUGGUACUGAAACGAUUAGCCACUGCGCUCGGUCCCAUCGACAUCCAUCAUGUCAUUUUCACCUUGUACGACCCACGACAAGAUCUAGAAUCAGCAACAGCUACUAUGGUACCACCGAAAUCAGACGGUAAAUCGCAAAAGGAAUUCGGUGAAAUAUGGAGGGCCUCCCAGCCAAACUCUCAAAUCCACUAUGAGCCAAACAUCCAACAGGCCCUGGAUCUCGCCAAGAAGAUUGGGACGGAAGCUGGAGGCAUGCAUACGCUGAUCACGGGUAGUCAACAUCUGCCGCCUCCUUACUUUGCACUAUCCUACACUUGGGGAGAUACGAGUCAAACAUGCCCCAUCCUUGUCGGAGGUAUUCCUUUCAACGUCACCAAAAGUCUCGAAAUUGCACUUGUCCAUUUGACCCCAAAGGAUGUACCUCUUACACUUUGGAUCGAUGCUCUUUGUAUUGAUCAGAACGACGAAGUGGAGAAAACAGAACAAGUUCAGCAAAUGCAUCACAUCUACUCCAAGGCGACAUCUGUGAUAACCUGGCUGGGGCCAGCCUCGGAGAAUAGUGAUGCUGCCAUGCUCUGGAUCCAGAGAUAUGGGUUCCUUUCUCACAGCUUCGGCAUCGGAACGAAACCAGAGUUACAACUCCGCAUACUCCUCGAGUCAUUGGAAUCCAAUCCUGAUGGACUUGCUGACCAGGGUCUCAAAACCUUCUUGCAAGAUAUUUGUAUUCAGCUGUCUUCAAGACAUGCCACAAAUGACGGUGACAAUGGCAGCGUCGCAGUUGCUCUCUAUCAACUGUUCACAAGGACCUAUUGGAGUCGGGUCUGGGUGGUCCAAGAAUUGGCUUAUGGAAAAGACGUACAGUUUGUCUGUGGUAAAAUGGUUGUGUCAGAAGAAAUGAUUCAUCAUGCACUAAGACUCUUGAGGAAUUUUUCACACUACGAGCGCAUCAAGUCAGGACAAAAUCCGCAAGCCAUCAAUUCAGCCAUCGCAUCGAGCACCUUGGACGUACGCAACCCUGUCAAUAUCCUCAAAAUCCGAAGAGCCCGAGGACCUUUCCCACUGAUAUACUUGCUUCGAACCCUCAGAACCUUUCAAGCUACAGAUCCUCGGGAUAGGAUCUUUGCUCUCUUGAGCUUCGCCACAGAUGCAGCAGCUCUAGGAGUCAAACCGGACUAUCAGAAAUCUCCCAAGGAUGUCUAUCUUGAGACAACAAAGUCACUCAUUGGUGCAUUUUAUUUUGACAUCCUUUCAUUCUGCGGAGUCGAUCACCAUAUUGGGGGGCUGCCGUCUUGGGUUCCCGACUUCACUUGCAUGAGCCAGAGAAUACCUCUACAGCAAAGGGCAAUGAACCGAAAGACAUCUCCCAUCACCACUGUUCUGCAACCUGGAUUCAAUGCUUCUGGUAAUGACCGACAAACGCAUGCCCCGUAUACGUUAUCUCAAACGUCUUCAACGUCCCUGCUACUGCCUGCCACGUUCGUGGCUGAGGUCACACGCGCCGGGACUGUUUGGGACCGCAACGACUUCGGAAAGUGGUUCCAGGAUCUGCGAGCAUUCCAGGACACCAUUUCGCCUGUUUGUAAGGGUGGUAACCUGAAGGCCGUGUGGCGCACUGCAGUGGCAGAUCAAGAAAUUAGACAAGGAGACCAGAAACCUCGGCUGUCUGAACUUGAACUGGACAGGGUAGAUGACUUGUUGGGUGACCGAGAUCUAACCGCCGCAGAUGAGAAUACCUUUCUUUCUUUGGGAUUGGGGGACUAUGUCUAUCAGUUGCAAGACGUUGCCCAUGGUAGACGCCCAUUUCUUACAUCAAAGGGUCAUAUCGGAAUCGGACCUAGCGAAAUGGCAGUAGGAGACUUUCUCUACAUACUAAUGGGGUCACAAGUUCCACACAUAGUCCGAUCAGAGGCACAUGGCAUGGUAAAACUCAUUGGAGAAUGUUAUGCUCAUGGCAUUAUGGACGGGGAAGCUAUGGAAGAUGAUCUACCCAUCGAUAUGGUUAAUAUUUGUUAA